UCCUGCUCUCUGCUCAGCUGUGCUGUUGUGAUGGGGUUCCAGGCUGGGACAAGUUGGCUCCGUGGGGACCUUGUCCUCCUACCCACAGUGGUGGCGAUGCUUCUCCUUUGCGCAAGUGCUGGCCCAGCAGCACCCACUGCCGGCUCCCGGAGUGGGUUCCCCGCAGACUGCAGCCAUCUUCGCAAGAACAGCCCCAGCGGGGUGUACGUCAUCCAGCCAGCACGGUCACCCCCACGGGUGGUGUGGUGUGACAUGGACACCGAAGGCAAGGGCUGGACUGUUGUCCAGAGAAACUCUCAUGACACUGAGAUCACAUGGAAGCAAUCCUGGACCACCUACAAGUAUGGCUUUGGGAACGUGCGGGGCGAUCACUGGCUGGGCACCGAGUACCUGCACCUGCUGACGCAGCAGGGCACCUACAAGGUCCGCUUCAUCGUGCGGAAUAAAGCCAACAUCACCCAUUACGCCGAGUACGACAUCUUCAGGGUGGAGAGUGAGGCUAGUGGGUACCCACUGAGGCUGGGCCGGUUUUCUGGUGAUGGGGAUGACUACCUGACCAGCUAUUACCCUAAGAAGGGGGGCAUACACGACAACAUGAAGUUCAGCACAACCGACAGGGACCAGGACCAGUACAGCGGGAACUGUGCCAACAGCUACGGGGGCUGGUGGUACGACAAGUGCCAGAACAUCCUGCUCAAUGCCAAAAAAAAAAUCCUUUGGCCAGGAUUCUGCGAUAAUGGCGACUGUGCAUCCUCCCUCAUCCUGGUCAAACCCACAGACGUGUGCUGACCAUGCUGCAGUGCCCAGCCCCCCCGGGAGCCUGCGGGAAUGCCCCAUCCCCAGCUCAGUGCCCCCUUCCCACGCCUGCCAACAGCCCUGCGCCAGCCCCAGUGCACGUCCUGCGCUGCCUGCAGCUCCUGCACCACCACCAGCUGAAAGACAGCGGCUCCGGGGCUCAGGAGCAAUCGCCCGGAGCCCUGGGCAUGCGGGCAGCUUCGCCCAGUGCCACGGUGCUGGCCAGCACUGGGACGCAGGCACUGCUUUGGGGUGGGUGCGCCCAUCCUGUCCUGGGGAGGGGGAAACGGUGCAAGUUCCCUUCCCUGUGCAAUCGGUCUAUUCCUGCUUUGCUCAGGCCCUGCUCCCUCCC